AUACUACACUAUCUCCGUUAAACCACACAUUUAUUUCCUUCUAAGUUUAGCAUUUUACCAACAUCCCCUAUUUUUUCUCGAAGCUUCACAAUCAGAAAAUUAAACUUCUAGAGAAAAAAAAAAAAAAAAAAAAAAAAAAAAAGAGAAAAAGGGAGGAAGAAGAAUUUUAAUACGAAGGCCAAAGUCUGAAUCAUCAACAAAUUAAUCAAAUUCCUUUUCCUCCCUUUCUCUAAUUGUUGAUUGAUUAUUCAUCCACAAUAAUUUAUUGAAUUUUCCAAAAUUUGAAUUAUGGCGUCGGAAAUGUUAACGUCUGGAGCAAGUGGGAGAGUAAGCGCCUUAAUAUCAAUGAGUGCAUGGAGGAGUUUUAUGAGGAUGAUGAUGACUGUAUUAUUCGUGAUUUUGGGACCGUUUAGGGAAAGAAGACAGAAAGUAGCGCCGAUAUCGGUGUCGGCGAAGGAAGAGAAGGUGGUGAGCGGUUGUGUUGGUGGUGGCCCAGUGGUCAGGUUGCCGGCGGCGAUUGUGAGGCGAGUAGUGGCGGAUCAGGAGGUGGCAGCGAGGCGGAUGAUAGCGAUAAGGCGGGUGAAAGAGGAUGAAGAUGACAAGUGCUUGAGGGAUUAUUCGCUUUUUGGUACACCUAGAGGUGUUACGCUAUUUACGCAAUCAUGGUCUCCUGUUUAUAGAAAUGUCAGGGGACUUGUGUUGCUAUUGCAUGGCCUUAAUGAGCACAGUGGUCGAUACAGUGACUUUGCAAAGCAGCUAAAUGGUAUUGGAAUCAAGGUUUAUGGUAUGGACUGGAUUGGACAUGGUGGAAGUGAUGGACUGCAUGCUUAUGUCCCUUCCCUUGACGAUGCUGUCGUUGAUAUGAAAGCAUUCCUAGAUACUAUUUUGUCAGAGAAUCCUGGACUUCCCUGCUUUUGCUUUGCACAUUCUACCGGUGCAGCUAUUGUACUUAAAGCAGCUCUUGACCCUAAGGUUGAAGCUCAAAUACAUGGCAUAGUUUUGACAUCACCUGCAGUUGGAGUCAGUCCAUCUCAUCCAAUUUUUUCUGUCAUUGCUCCAAUUGCAUCUUUUUUAUUUCCAAGGUAUCAAUGUCGGGCUGCAAACAAAUCAGGCACAGUAGUCUGUAGAGAUCCUGAAGCACUAAUAGCAAAGUAUUCAGACCCUCUAGUUUACACUAGUGCAAUUCGUGUUAGGACUGGCUGUGAGAUUCUCCGCAUUUCCGCAUAUAUACAAGAAAACUUGAAGAGAUUGAGAGUUUCAUUUCUUGUACUUCAUGGAUCUGCUGAUGCUGUUACAGACCCUGAGGGUUCCAAGAAAUUGUAUGAAGAGGCGUCUUCGACUGACAAAGCAAUCAAAUUGUAUGAUGGAUUGUUGCAUGACAUCCUAUUUGAACCUGAACGACAAACUGUCAUCCGGGAUAUAACUGAAUGGCUAAUACAACGGAUAGAAGACUAGGUAUGAAACCGAGAACUUGUAUAGACCACAACAUAUUGAUGAGUGGCAGGCCAACCUCUUUUUAUUGUUGUCGCUUGCUAUGACUGCACCGGUAGUACGAGGACAGUUGGGGUAUGGAACAAUAAACAAGGUUCAUUUUAUUUUCCGUUUAGCCUGUAACUUUCAUCUGAUCUAAUGGACUGUUGAAAAAGAUCGAUUGCAAAGUGUUUCUUGUUCAUUUAUAAUCUCAAAAUUGCUUGUUUCCCACAUAAUGUAUGCUUUUUGCAGCAAUUGUAACGGAGAUAUAUUUCAUCUUCUAACCAUUGAAGAUGCAUUUAACCUUUAUUUACAGCAAUGGGCACCCUGAAAUUUUUGGUUA